UGGCGGUAUAAAAGAGCCGCAGCCGCUGCCCGUGGUCCUGAAGACAGACGAGCAACACGCGGGAUCCUCGGGAGGGACGCGUAAGGAGAGACACCGCAACUCGGCAACAAACAAACAACAACAACAGCAGUGACGACACGGAACAUUAGACAACAACAACGGCUGUGAGCGUGAGAGCUGGCACUUGUAGCAGAUCGGAGGCUGACGUGACGAGGAGGGGGACCUGGAAUCCUCCCACGCAACUGCAAACAUUUCUGAUCGCCCUUGCUACUCAUAGCAGGUCCAGUUCUGAGUGGCCAUGACUGGGUACCGUAAUGCCUCAAGUGUCCUUACCCUCCUGGUCCUCCUGACAGGGGCUUCCUUCCUCCAACUGUCCAGCCCCAAUCCUAUCAAAACCCCUGGAGAGAUUCAUAGCCCAUAUAGAAAUACUCCUCCUGGGCUGAUGGUGUCAGGAGAUGGGGAAAGACGGGAUGAGGAGAGACGGUCAUUAAAGAAAGAAGAGGCAGAAGCAGAAGAGGAGCUCUUUAAAGACGUGGAUCCCAAAACACUUGCAGCGGUUUUACUGGAGGCACUAAAUCACUCACAAGUAGAGAGAAGGAUGGAGGGAGAGGCGCACGAAGGGAUAGAAGAAGAGAUCAAAGCCGAGAGAGGGGAGGUUAAAAAAGAGGAGGAAUACAGACAAGUGAGAACGAUGGAAGGAUCCGACCGAGACAGAGAUGGACGACAGGAGUUAGAGCUGCUGAUGGCCACGCAGGGGAGGGAGCAAGAAAGAGAGGAGGAAGAGGAGAGGAAGAAAGCUCAGGAGGAAGAGGAAAGGAUGACUGAAAAGGUGACAAGUCGUACCACAAGUCAGACAGUCCAGGUCCAAACGGAACAGCAGCCCACAAGUCCAGAUAGACAAGUGGAGAAUGAGAAGGGUGCUGCUCCCCAGCAGGGACCAGCCGGCUCUGAACAAGGCAACAAUGAGGAGGAGGAGCAGCUCAGUCCAGAGGAGCUGAGGAGCCUUGAGACCAUGAUGAAGGAGUUUCCUAGUUUGGACACAGCCACUAAGAGGAAUGGGGAUUCAGAGCAAAACCAGAGAGAGAGCCGAGGUUACAGUAACCAAAAUUACAUCAUACCAAUAAAUAAAGGUAGCAACCUUGCCAUGUCGAAGAAGAAACUGAAAUGGCAGGAGGAGACGCAGAAAGCCCUAAGUCUACCAACAUUCAAGGGAGGCAACUUUAUGGAUGACUUCGAUGACAGUAACUAUGGCAAUAAUGCCGCACAGUCUCAGCCUCCAGCAGAGCAGGAGGGGAUGGAAGAAGACGAGCCAGAGGAGGAAAAGGAAGACGAGGAGGUGCUGAGUCCAGAGGAGGAGGAAGUUCGGGCCAAAGCAGAGCAGGAGGAAAUGAGGAGGCAGGCAGCAGAGGCACAGAGAGCCAAGAUGGAGGAAGAGAAGUUAGCCGACAUCGCCUCAGACAUGCUGCUGCGCUACAUGGUCAAACAGAAUAACGGGAACAAGAAGUACAGUUCAUCUCUGUCCAACGCUGCAGAGGACAAGAGGUCUGACGAAGAACAGGAAACGGCCGAGGAGGACGAUAUCGAUCCUCAGACUAUUGACAAGCUGAUCGAAAUUUCCAGCAAGCUACACCUUCCUGCCGAUGACGUGGUGGACAUCAUCAGUGAUGUGGAGAAGAAGAAAAAGAAAGACGUGCCACCUGAGCUCACGUCACGAUGGCAACAACCUCUAACUCCCCUGUCGUCUUCGUUCUCAUCCAACAACGGCUUCUCAACGUCACAGAUUACCACCAAGCAAAAUAGCCCGCCUGUAUCAAAGCUAUCCUCCCCCGCUGCUAAUCUCCUCAAAACCUGGUUCCAGGAGAAAACAUCCGCAAAAUCACAGGAUCGCUGGAGCAAGCCUGUAAACCCUCUGCUAGCCAGUCAAAAUCCAUGGCCCAAACCUCAGAAGGCUUUGUCGGUCAAACAGGACCUCUGGCACAAACCCCCCAAGUCUGUUUGGAGUGGCUACCCUUCUUACCCCUUCGUUUACCCAUUCUACUACCAGAGGAAGCCCUACCCUGACUACUACCCCUUCUAUUAUCCAACUCCCCCCAGACCCAAGCCCCGUUACUACCUCCCCAAACCUGCUCUCACCCGCAACAGCUACCUUGGAAAUUCUGCGGAUGAUGCUAACAGGUUCCCCCCCAGACGUCGUUAUUACAGCUGGAUCCAACCUCGGCUGAAAACCCCACCCGCAGGAAUUCAACAGCAACCCUACUACAGCAGCUACCCCCUCCCGUUAUACCCACGCACAUUUCAGCCAAUUCCCAAACCACGCUCCCCUCCUCGAAUGCCAGUAAUCUCUCCUCAACAGAAGCAGACAUAUUACUCAGGCCUGGCACCGGCAGUGAUGAGGAAAGACGAUUAUUAUGUGGCUGGAAAGCAGUCAGACAGCAGCAGCCGUGACGAUCUGGAGAAGUACAUACAGCAGAUACUCCUGAACAGACCACGGAUGUUGGACUGAAGCACGGACACGAGCGGGAAUAGGGGAAAUGGAAAGGAGGAGAGAUGAACAGGAAAGAGUGUAUUUCUUUAUGUUGCUGAUUGUUCGGUUUUGUUUUUCACACGUAACAACUUUCUUUCUAAUAUUUGGGUUGGUUGUUAUUUGGACAAGGACAAUACAGAGGACCUUUUUUUUCCCAGAAGUAAUCUGGAUAAAAUGAAACUUUGGAGGGGAAAUGAAAAGGAAAGAUACACAUCUACUCUCCUCCUGUGUGAAGGAGGGAGAACCAGGAUGAACGUGGUCCGGUGGAAAGCACGACAUGGCAAAGAAUUGUAUCAUGCAAGAACUUCUCAUCCAAAUUUCCAGCAUGACAACUUUCUCCAUUUGGACAUUUUAAUAUGCCAACAAAGGAGGAUGCUUAAAUAUCUUGUGAUCUGUACCUUUAAAAAAAAAAAAUAUAUAUAUCUAUUUCAGAGUCAGAUGAAUCGUAGGUUGUGAAGACGGCUGGUGGAAUUUCACUGUAAACACACACAAGAAGAACAUUUGUGGGAUUAUCUCAGGCAGGGAAACAUUCUAAAAAGAUUUCAUAACCCAUAAUUCAUCAGAAAAGAAUAUGCACAACUGAGCCAAAAGUAUGUGGACCCCAAACAUUAUAUAUAUAAUAUAUAAACACAACAAAUAGGGGUUCUGACACAGUGGUCAUUCAUCAGCUACACUUACGGCCUCCGCCCCCAAACCAGACCCACAAUUCAGACACAAAAGCUGAAGAGAACACUGAUGUGGGGUCAUGAGGUCUGGCCCGUCCCAAAGGUGUUGGAUGGGGUUGAGGUCAGGGAUCUCGAGCAGGACAGUCAGGUUCUUCUCACCAAACUGGGACACCAUUUCCUCAUGGACAUUUUACGAGUGGGGGGGGGGGUAUCGCUGAGUUGAAACACAACUUGGCUCAGACAAAUUGUCGACACAACAUUGGAAUCUCUAUGAGAGCUAAAAAAUAUCAUUGUAUGCUAGUGUGGGUGUCCAUAUACUUUUGGCCAUAUUAUAUAUAUCAACCCUUGGCCAAUUCACCGUAUAGAAAUAAAAUCAACAUCACACAUAAACUGGGACUGGCCUCAUGUCAAAGUCACUCCCCUGUUCUUGUCUUUUAAAAUGAAUAUAUUUUAUGCAAAUAUAUCAUUUUGUAUUAUUUGUAUAAAAAUGCAGCAAAACAAACCUCAUUAGAGGAGCACCUUUUCAUUACGCAUGGUCACACAUACCCACCAAAGCUCUUUAUCAUGAAAUAUAAUGUACCAAAAAGCUUAUUUCAUACAAGGGCAGUGGAAGCCACGCUAACACCACUGUAAUGGCUCGGAUGACUCACCCUUUUGCAUAACUUCAAUUACCUUGUUGCCAUGGCACCCAAACCCUGGCCAAACUCCAUACAGUUGACACCUACAGAGGAGAAUGCAGAGGUGGAGGCACGCCGUUCUUUUACCAAACAAAUGCAUUUUAAAGGGGGAGACGGAUUCUAUAUUUUCUAUUGUCAAUAAAAUCCCAUGAGAAAAAAAGUAAGAUUGUGUUAGUGGCUUUCCACCCCUGACUGUUGCUCUUAGUCCCAAAGCCUGAGACCUCGUUUUUUAAAACAACGCCCCUCUACGGUUGAAAGAUACCUGCCCAAAGUGUCCCUUAAGCCCAAAGCUCCCAUCAGCGCAAUGAAGACCAGUUUGAUGUGAUCUCACUUAUACAUCAUUUGUUUUUCAUUCAUCAUCAUCAUUACCCCCAGAGUCUAUUUUUAAAUCUUAUUUUUUAAUCAUUUUUCUAAAUGUUUCAUAAUCCUCAUUGAUACAUUUUAUACACUUGUAGGUGGGAAAGUUGUUUCCAAAUUGAGCAGAAAUCUGCUGCCUUACAUGUCACUGUGACAUUCCGCCCAUGGUGCUCUUUAUUUGUCUUCUGUGCCACUUGAUAUCGUCCAUGGGAGAGAGGCUGCGACCUCUUCUGUAAAUGGGAACCCGAUGGGAUGAUGAACACAAAUCUCUGAUUCCCACCGAGGAUGGGAACAGUUUGCUCAUAUUCAGCUGAAUCUGUUCAAGCCGCAGUUUGUUAAUUAUCAUGAAUCAUGCAUCUCACGCCUCGGGUCGGACGACAGUGUUUUAACAAUUAUAAAAUGUGCAAAAAAAGGACUGUACUGCUGAGAUUUCCUUUCUCUUCUUAAAUGGCUACUGAUGAUCAGUAAUCAAUAAACUGUUCUUUUUCUCCCUCUUCCCUGUUUUUCAAAUAUGUCACUGGGAGCUGGAGCAAAUGUUACUCUUCGGACUGUAGGUGUUGUCUGACCUUUGUGGCCGCCUGUUGCUAAGUGACGAGCAAACCUCAGCAUCUGUGUUGCCAGGGCCUGGACAGAAUCAUGGCAUCGACAAUCUAGCAGUGAACAAAUUAGUCAAGGUCAUUCGUCAAACAUAAGAAAGUGAACUGAAUUGAAGAAACAAAGCUUUUUGUACAUUUUGGGUUUUAUUUACCUGCUGUUUUUUUCGAUAAGACUGAUGAGGAAUUUACAGAAUAACAAAGAGAAAGGAAGAUAAAAGGGAUGUGGGGGUAAAGUGUCUGCACGUUUCUCUAUACUUGCAUUUAAAUUCUUUUUUCGUACAAGCAUCAAUUAAAAAAAGCAUUAAAAAAAUCUUAAAGCUAACAGAAACAAUGACAUUGGUGUACCGUAUGAUCAAUGUUUGAGUCAUGUAUGCGGCGAGUAUUGUCCAUGGUCUUUCUAGAUGUACCUUGUUGUAACCAUCGUAAUAAACAUGCGUUUGCUGGAUGUUUAGAGGCGCAUAUCAAUGACUACUUUGGCUGCGCGUAAAGAAAGAAAUAAAGUCAACUAUUUUUAUUACCAAAAA